UGGACAUUCGAGGGUAGCAACAGUUGCCUCGAGACCCCGUCGCGCCAUAGUGACUGUAGCCGUGGAGACAGUUACUUACCAACGGGCGCAACACUCAGCAACAGCAGCAGCAUCUGGAAGUCACCGAGCGAGUGUGAGAGGAGAAAGAGAGCACAGCCAGAACUUUUCUAAAGGCAAAGCAUGCAGAGCUCCGAGGGAGGGUCAGACACCACGGCCAGCGUGGCAGCGCUGCGGACAUCAUCAUCAGCUCAGGCCCCUGUGGUACAGCCUGUCCCAGCCUCCCAGCAGAGGGUGCUGGUUCAAGCUACAGGCUCAGCUCAGAAGGGAGGACAAGUACAGCAGCUUUCUGUACCCAGGGUUCAACAGGUCUCUCAGCAGGUUCAGCAGGUGCAACAUGUCUACCCAUCCCAGGUCCAAUAUGUAGGAGAAAGUGGAGAGGCUGUUUACACCAAUGGAACUAUCCGAACAGCCUACUCCUACAACCCCGAGGCUCAGUUGUACGGGCAGAGCAGCGGGGGAACCUACUUUGACUCACAGGCCGGUGUGACAACGGUGGUCUCCUCUGCCAGUGGUGGGGUGCCCCCUCAUGGCAUGGUGGGCAUCGCUAUGGAUGUGGGCAGCAGCCACAUCAUCUCCAGCGGAAACACCUACCUGAUUCAUGGAGGAAGUAUGGAGGGAAGCCGCAACCACAUAUCACACUCAUCACGUUCCUCCUCAGCUAUGCUUGAAAUGGCGAUUGAAAACCUCCAAAAGUCUGAAGGAAUUGCAAGUCACAAAAGCAGCCUGCUCAACAGCCAUCUGCAGUGGCUGCUGGACAACUAUGAGACAGCGGAGGGAGUGAGCCUGCCCCGGUGCUCCCUGUAUAACCAUUACCUACGACACUGUCAAGAACAGAAACUGGAUCCGGUCAAUGCAGCGUCCUUCGGCAAGCUCAUCCGCUCAGUCUUCAUGGGCCUCAGGACCCGCCGCCUUGGCACCAGAGGCAACUCUAAGUAUCAUUACUAUGGCAUCCGGGUGAAGCCAGACUCACCGCUGAACCGGUUGCAAGAAGACACCCAGUACAUGGCCAUGAGGCAGCAGCCUGUCCAUCAAAAACAGAGAUUCAAACCUCUACAGAAGGUGGACGGUAUGUCUGACAGCCUGUGUGGAAGCUCUCAGCACUGUAACAGUACUCCAGAGCAGUCUGUGGCUGCUCAGAGCCAACAUCACCAGCAGUAUAUAGAUACGUCCCACACCUUGCCUCCAUUUCCCUCUCCUGACUUGGGCACCCAGCCUCUGCCUGAGCGCAUCAACAUUAAUGAUAUCAAGAAGCUGCAGACACUCUACAGAGACCACUGUGAGGCUACUUUGGAUGUGGUGAUGAACCUCCAGUUCCAUUACAUUGAGAAACUCUGGCAGACCUUUUGGUAUUCAACACCGCCAUCUAGUGAUGGAAAUACAACUAUCCCCAAUAGUGAUGAUGACCUGGAGGGUGUGAUCCCCAGAGAGAAGCUGGUGGCUCUGUGUAAAUAUGAACCAAUCAGACUAUGGAUGAGAAGCUGUGACCACAUCCUUUACCAGGCUCUGGUAGAGAUCCUAAUUCCUGAUGUGCUGCGUCCUGUUCCCAGCACUCUCACUCAGGCCAUUCGUAACUUUGCCAAGAGUCUGGAGGGCUGGUUGACGACAGCAAUGACCAACUUUCCUCAAGAGAUUAUUCGAACCAAGGUGGCAGUGGUCAGUGCGUUUGCCCAGACGCUGAGACGUUACACCAGUCUCAACCACCUGGCCCAGGCAGCCCGCGCCGUCCUGCAGAACACCUCACAGAUCAACCAGAUGCUUUCUGACCUCAACCGGGUGGACUUUGCUAACGUCCAGGAGCAGGCGUCAUGGGUGUGUCAAUGUGACGAGAGCGUGGUUCAGCGUCUGGAGCAGGACUUUAAGGUCACUCUGCAACAGCAGAGCUCUCUAGACCAGUGGGCUACCUGGCUUGACAACGUAGUCUCUCAGGUCUUGAAGCCUCACCAGGGCGGCCCCAGCUUCCCCAAAGCUGCUCGCCAGUUCCUGCUCAAAUGGUCUUUCUACAGCUCCAUGGUGAUCAGAGACCUGACCCUGCGUAGUGCAGCCAGUUUUGGCUCUUUCCACCUGAUCCGCCUGCUCUAUGAUGAGUACAUGUUUUACUUGGUGGAACACCGCGUGGCUCAGGCCACUGGAGAAACUCCUAUUGCUGUCAUGGGAGAGUUCAGUGAUCUGACCUCUAUGAUGCCAUCACUCAUGGAAAAAGAUUCCUCCUUCUCCGAUGACAUGAGUGACCUCGGCAGUGAUGCUGAUACAUCCAGAGGCCCUACUGAACCAGCUGUAAAGAGAGAGAGGAUUGACAUGAGCCACCCUCUGCAGGAGAUGUGAGUCUGAACGGGGCUGGACUAAAAGCCACAAGGACUUGCAUCUGACCCUAGAGUGGCAUUUGGGGCCAAGCACACCUCGUCCUCCUGCGUGUGUGGGCGUGCAAUUUACAUAGAAGAAAAUAACAAUGUCAGUCCUCGCCCCUACUAGCGUUUGAGAACGGAAAUGUUUUCUCCCAGGAAGCUCACAUCUGAUUUAGUUUUGUUUUGUUCUUUACUCACGGGUGUAACACAGGUAUGAUUUUCUUUCCAUUUUUGUUGCAACUGUGAAAGACUUUGUGCAGUACCUUUUUAAUUGGAUGUUUAACUUUGAGUGGUGGUGUGUGGCGUUUAUGUGAUUCAUCUUCUCUCUCUCUUUUUAGAAAAACAAACCUUAACUAGCUGUGCCAUAGUGUCAUUUGAGUGCCUUAGAUCGCUAACCUUGAAACCACCACUACAGAUGUCUAUCUGUCCCUCAGCUGUGCCUCUACCGCAGUAUGAAUGUAUCGUCUCCUAACCUCAGACAUUCAAAGCACCUUUAACAGUGAUUAGGUGUAUAUACUCCUUGUUGCCUCUGCUGCAGCUCACAGCAAACGCACACAACAAACAACAACAUGCAACUUACUGACCCAAAGGACCUUCCCCUCAGCUUAGCCACAGUCAUGGCUCUGUAAGGCCUCAUAGUCUCACAGUAGUCCAGGAGACAGGGAACUGCGUAUGUCACCUUGGCUGUGUAAGAUGUCAGUUUGUUUACCUCAAUAGAUUUCUAUGCUGUUCGGCUAAGAUGACAUGAGGCAAGGAUUUA